GCCAUGAAGCAUUGAAGUCUGACUCACCCUACGUAGGACCUAGUUGGCUUCGAAUACCGUAAGUAUGCAGUAUGGACUCGCCCAAUAUGGGAACCGAUAGCUCCCAAAGGCACUCAAAGGUUAUGUGUCUUAAAUUAUUCCGUAACUUAGAGUGUCUUCAGCUUGAGAUCCGGUUUUCCUCAUAUCGUUUGACCUUUAACGUCUAAAUUUUGAAAAGCGGCAACCAUGGACGUUGCUAAAUACCAUUCCGAUUAUUACAUUAGUGCAAUCCUUGUCUGUGUCGUCUUCUCGUGGCUGACUUCGAUUCUUUGGAGUUUGAAGCCGGCUAGCUUCUCGAAGAAGGCAAAAACAAACGAUGUUUACCCAGGAGGGCCUACCCCAUGGCCUAUCGUAGGAAACCUCGUCUACGUUUCUAAGCUCUUCAAGAAUCCAGAUGUGGAACUAAUGAAGAUAGCAAAGAAGUUUGGUGGUAUUUCUAUGUUGUGGUUUAGUUCCAUGCCUGUCCUAAUCAUCAGCAAAGCCGAGGAUGCGAAACAAUUACUGGAUAAGAGAGGUUCCAUUUACUCUGACCGGCCUUCACAAAAUGAAUUCCGCGAACGUAUGUGGCCAUGGAGGCUAGUAACGACAGGGGUUGGUCAACAGUUCCGACUGCUUCGACGCAUCUAUAACAAUCUCCUCGGGCCUCAACAGUCUGCAGGCUUCCAGAAAUACCAGGACUAUGAAGCGAUAAUCAUGCUUAAGGAUCUUGUAGAAGCUCCCGCAGACUUCCUCGCUCAUACCGAACGGUUUGCCAUUAGCGUCAUUUUCAGCGCGGUAUAUGGUGUACGUCUUGUACAGCUUGAUCAUCCCAUCAUGUGCGAGUUCUACUCUGUAUGGGAAGACAUAUUGAAUUAUUUCCAGCCAGGCACACUUUUGCUGGAUUAUUUCCCGAUUCUUCAAAGGCUCCCAGAAAGAUUUCAACCAUGGAUGAAGUUAGCAAUGAGCCUGCGAAAGCGGGAGUCUGCGCUGAACACUGCUUUCUUGAGGACGCUCAAGAUGCAAGUGCAAGCAAACUCAGCGCCUGACUGUUUCGGAACCGAGCUGGUAAAAAUUCAAGAGACGGAAGGCGUUGAUGACGAAAUGGCUAUCAAUAUCCUGGCCAUGCUCAUCGGCGCCGGAGCCGAUACCACAAGUAGUGUAUUGCAGUCCUUUUUCAAGGUCAUGGCACUCAAUCCCGAGGCCCAGAAAGCUGCACAAGAAGAACUCGAUCGCGUUGUAGGACCGUCACGGUUGCCCACCUGGACGGAUGAGCCAAACCUGCCCUACGUCCGAGCACUGAUCAAGGAAGUCCAUAGAUGGGCUCCCAUUGGAAGCCUAGGCGUACCGCAUGCGACCUCGGAGGAGGAUAGAUACCUUGGACGUCGGGUCCCGAAGGGUACAAUUGUCUUUCCAAACUUGCCUGCACUGAGCCGUGAUCCGGCCGUGUAUCAAAACCCGGAUGCCUUCUGGCCUGAGCGUUUCAUAAACGAUGACCUGAAUGCUUCGGCCAGUGCUAACCACCCAGACUUCCGUCGUCGAGACCAUUUUCACUAUGGCUUUGGUCGCCGACUCUGUCAGGGUAUUUUUGUGGCUGAGGCAUCCCUGUAUAUUGUCAUCGCCCGUGUACUUUGGGCUUUUGAUAUUUCGCCUCGACCGGGAGAGCCUUUGGAUCUCAAUGCCAAAAUCGCUGGUCUAGUCACAAAGCCGAAACCAUAUCAGGUCCGCAUAGUUCCACGGUCGGAUACAGUCAGGCGUUUAGUUUCAGAAUCUGUUUCCAAUACCAAGACUGACAUUCUGGACUUCGACUCGAUUACAUUGGUGCCCGCUUCGGAGUAGAAUGAGACGAGUCGACUUAAACGGACUACUCACGUUUGGAUAUAAGAAUAUAGAGACCUACAUUCUCCAUGAUGUCGUCAUUUACUAGCUUUGCGCACAUAAAAAAGAAGAAAAAAAUAUAAAAUAUAGAAAACAC